CCGAAAUGUUUUUUUCGAUUUUUUUCGGCUAACUUCUAACAGCUACUGCUGUAGACUGUAGUCAACAUUUCGUUUCCGAAUGUGAUGCUAUAUUUUAUUUUAAUAGUAAAUGCGCUUUUGGAAGAUAUUCUAAAUGCUACGUUUCGAUAGCAUAUGGGACUACCAUGGAAGCGACGGUCCCUUCAGCAUAUCCGGUGAAAGUUGUCGGCGCCUUCGCGCAGGUUCGCCGUGUACUGGAGAAACUGCAGUCUCAGACACUUUGGACGUCAUUCGUGCUGGGGCAGGUUUGUUCCAUCUUCGUUUGCGGAUCCGCGGUAACCAGUACAUGGCUCACAACCAAAAAGAAUGUCAACUGUCCCACAGCUCAAAGUUUCCUAAAUUAUGUGUUAAUCGGACUUGUAUAUUCCAUUUGUCUCCGCUGUCAGUCGAAGGGAGAUGAAUUACUGGAAGCGCUACGAAGAAGAUGGUGGAAAUACCUCAUUCUCGCAGUAAUCGAUGUUGAAGCAAACUACUUGAUGGUGAAGGCGUAUCAAUAUACGACGCUAACUAGUGUGCAGCUUUUAGAUUGCUCAAUUAUACCGAUCGUUUUGAUCUUAUCCUGUGUGGUGCUGCGUUAUCGCUUCCACUGCUCGCACUACAUCGGAGUAUUGUUUUGCGUUGGCGGAGCGGUCUGCAUGGUUUUGGGCGAUGUUUUGGUGAAAAAAUCUGAAAAAGAAGCGGAGAAUCGGUUGAUUGGCGAUUUAAUGGUGUUCGGCGGGUCCGUUCUGUAUGCUUUCUCCAAUGUCUCGGAAGAGUAUAUUGUGAAAAAGUAUUCCCGUCUGGAAUUUCUAUCCAUGCUGGGGAUUUUUGGAAGCGUUGUGAAUGGUAUUCAGUUGGUUGCAUUGGAGCGGCAUGAAGUGCAGUCGAUAAAGUGGCAGGAUUGGGAAAUUGUGUUGUGCCUUCUCGCUUUUGCCGGAUGCAUGUUCGGACUGUACUCACUGGUGCCGUUAUUGAUGCGACGAACAGGAGCAACAGUUUUUAAUAUGUCCAUCCUUUCUGCUGAUUUCUAUGCCUUAAUCAUCGGAUUGACUUUGUUCUCUUACCAGUUCCACUACAUUUAUUUUAUCGGAUUCACUCUUGUUGUGACUGGCCUUGUGACCUAUGCCGCGCACGAACCAUCUACUAGAUUCGACGAUGAGAAUAAACCGGAUGAAACUACGGCACUUAGUCUGCAAUCACCUGCGGAUCAAACCAUUGUUACUAUGAGUUAUCGCCCAAUAAGUGAUAGUUUUACGGAAACUGUAGCGUAAAAUUAGAGCGUGAUAUGCAUCUGUGAUAUUUUUCUGGUUUUUUUUUGUUACGUGUACAGUAAAAUCGGGGUAAAAAUCAAAAACAACAAACAAGAUAAAAUAAACUAUAUAAUUAUCACGA